CGCGCUCCCGGGACUCGGCCAGCCCGGCUGGGCGCGCGGCCCGCGGUCCCUGCACGUCGGCCCCCGUCGCCCGCCCCGCCCCGGCGCGCGUUUCCAUUUUAAACCGCCGCCCGACGCCCGCCACCCGCCACCCUUCGGUCGCAGCCGGUGCAGCUGUCCGCGCGUCCCGGAGCCCAGGGAGUGGCGGAGGCUGCGGAACCGCCAAGCUGUGCAGCCGGAGCGGGAGGAUGCGCACGGGCCCCGCGUCGUAGACAAUGAAGUCGCGGGCGCCGCCGCCCGCCCUGGGCCCUGCGCCCCGCGGCCGCACCUGCCGGCGAGAGCGCUCUAGCGCCUGACCGGCCGCCUCGCCUGGCCCCGCCGGCCCAUGGCUCGGCGCCCCGGGCCCGGACCCCGGCACUCGGGCAGCGCGGCGCACGGGCCGGCGGGUGCCAGGGGCGCCGUCCUCGCAGCCUGAGUGCGGCCCUCGCGGUCAGCGGGGGGCGUGGGCCACACUCCCUGCCCGCCUGCCCUCCCCGCUUGGCCCGGCGCCCUCCCGGCCCGCGGGCUCGCUGGAUGCAGCGGGGCCCCAGCGCGCGGGCGACAUGUACUUGUUGGACGGCAGUGGCGAGCCCGCGUCGCCACCCGCGGACGCGAUGCCGCGCGGGACGCCCCCGAGAAAGACUGUCUACCGCAUCUCCGUGACCAUGGUCAGGAAGGAGCAGCUGGCCGCGCCGGGCUCCGGCGGCCCGGACCCACGCCCGGCUCGGCGGCCCCGGCCCGCGCGCUCCCCGGACGCGCCCGGGAGGCUUGAGGAGGAGGCCGAGGAGGCAGAGGGUGCCGAGGAGGCGGAGGGUCCCCGGCCGCGCGCCUGGGAUUUCCGCACCUUCCGCACCCGCAGCACCGGGCAGCUGGAACUGGGGCGGCUCCGGCCGUGCGCACGCGGCCUGGAGCCCGCGGACCUGGCCGGCAGCGCCCCGGCCGAGGAGGAGGGACGCGGCUCGCCCGCGCCCGGCAGCCCCGACGUGGAGGGGGCCCGGGCCGCGCCCCUGCGGCGGAGCCUGAGCUUCAGGCACUGGAGCGGGCCUGAGGCGCCGCAAGGCCGGACACUGGGCGGUGGAAGGCGCCACAGCAGCUCCGGGAGCCUGGCCUGGGCGCCGUGCGACGAGGCCGCAGCCGGGGCCACCCCGGAGCUCGCGACCGCCACGCAGCCCGCCUCGGAGAAGCGCAACACCCUGGACGUGGGCGAGGUGCUCAGCAAGAACGACGCGCUCUCGGACCUGGAGCGCUGGGAGCGCAGUAAGAGCAAGAACCGCACGCUGGACAACAGCGACCUGCAGCGGCUGGAGCGCGCGCGGGCGGCGGCCGGGGCCGGCGCGGCCUCGGAGCACCGGCUGCUGCGCUUCUUCAGCGGCAUCUUCGCGCGCAGGGACGGGGGCCCGGGCGGCGGGCCCUCGCCACGGAGCGGAGCCUCGCGGCCGCGCGGCUACUUCAGCCUGCGGCGGGCCCCGGCCGAGGUGCACUCGUCCAGCGCCGAGAGCAUCGACGGCUCCCCGCGCAGAGAUGCCUUUGUGAACAGCCAGGAAUGGACGCUGAGUCGAUCUGUCCCGGAGCUCAAAGUGGGAAUUGUGGGUAACUUGGCCAGCGGCAAGUCUGCCCUGGUGCACCGGUACCUGACGGGCACAUAUGUCCAGGAGGAGUCUCCGGAAGAUAUGGAUGCAGGUGGCAGGUUCAAGAAAGAGAUUGUCGUUGAUGGACAGAGCUAUCUGCUGCUGAUCAGAGAUGAAGGGGGCCCCCCGGAGGCGCAGUUUGCCAUGUGGGUGGACGCUGUUAUAUUUGUCUUCAGCUUGGAGGAUGAAAUAAGUUUCCAGACCGUUUACCACUACUACAGUCGAAUGGCCAACUAUCGGAACACGAGCGAGAUUCCUCUGGUUCUGGUGGGAACCCAGGAUGCCAUAAGUUCUACUAACCCGAGGGUCAUCGAUGACGCCAGGGCGAGGAAGCUCUCCAACGACCUGAAACGGUGCACGUACUACGAGACGUGUGCUACAUACGGGCUGAACGUGGAGAGGGUCUUCCAGGACGUUGCCCAGAAGAUUGUUGCCACAAGGAAGAAGCAGCAGCUGUCCAUAGGACCCUGCAAGUCGCUACCUAAUUCUCCCAGCCAUUCCUCCGUCUGUUCCGCACAAGUGUCUGCCGUGCACAUCAGCCAGACAAGUAAUGGAGGUGGGAGUUUAAGCGACUAUUCCUCCUCCGUUCCAUCGACUCCCAGCACCAGCCAGAAGGAACUUCGGAUCGAUGUUCCUCCCACUGCCAACACGCCCACGCCCGUUCGCAAGCAGUCUAAGCGCCGGUCCAACCUGUUCACCUCUCGGAAAGGGAGCGACCCAGACAAAGAGAAGAAAGGCCUGGAGAGUCGUGCGGACAGCAUUGGGAGCGGCCGAGCCAUCCCAAUUAAACAGGGCAUGCUGUUGAAGCGAAGUGGCAAAUCGUUGAAUAAAGAGUGGAAAAAGAAAUAUGUCACCCUAUGUGACAAUGGCGUGCUGACCUAUCAUCCCAGUUUACAUGAUUACAUGCAGAAUGUUCAUGGUAAGGAGAUUGACCUUCUGAGAACCACUGUGAAAGUCCCAGGGAAGAGGCCACCCCGAGCCACGUCAGCCUGCGCACCCAUCUCCAGCCCUAAAACCAAUGGCCUAUCCAAGGACAUGAGCAGUUUACACAUCUCACCCAAUUCAGUUUUUCUUGGCUACUGCUACCUGCUAAUUUUUCCUCAAAUGAACUAAAGAGUAACUUGAAACCUUCUCCUCCUUGAUAAAAAUAAUCCCCUCAUUGGUGCAAAUGACAUCAGGACCUCCUGAGGCUGUGAUACGGGCACGUAAAUAAAAUAAUAAAAAUAAUUCUAUCAUGGCUUUUAACUGGCAUUGCUUUUAAGCUAUGAAUUUUGGAGGAAGUGGCGUCUUUACUGUGUUGAGUUCCUUAUCAUGGAACACUGUUCUUUCCCAGUUUAUUCAAAUUUGUAUUAUAGCCUCCAGCAAAGUUCAGCAUUUUUUUUUUCAUUUAGCUGCUGGACACGUCUUGUUAAUCUAUUCUGUUUAUAAUUUUUGGUGCAUUGUGAAGCUAAUCUUUUUUAGAGAGGUGGGGUCUAUUAUGUCAUCUGAUUGGUCAGAAAUGAAACUCCUAAUUUUUGUAUUUUCUAUUAUUCAGCCAUCUUGCUGAACUCUUGUUAGUUGGAAUAGCCACUGGAUGUUUCUGUUGAUUCUCUAGCACACAGUCAUAAUGCAUUCCAUAUUUCAAAUACUAUAAUGCCUAACUGUAUGCCACCAGUUUACUGAUACAGAGACUGGAUUGUGUUGCCUCCUGUGCCAUUCAUCUCCAUUGUUAUUGAGUCUGCUGUAUGCCCACCCUUGAUUAAUGCUCUGGAUAUUGGGUGGGGGGAGGACAAGACGUCUCUCCAGGAGCCUUACACUCAAGUGGGGGUGGAGGAGUCCAAAGAUAAACACACAAGUAAGAUCAUUGUAAGGAGUGAUAAGUGCUGAAGGGCCACAUGGGUCAAUUGAAUAGAAAAUACCUGGAGGGGCUCGGGGGUGGGGUAUUCCUAGCAUUUGGGAAGUGAUUUGCCUGUAUUGAAAUAAUGACUACAUUUCACACUUUAAAAUGCUGGAAAUGUGGUCAUCUUCAUGUCAGUUUUUGCCAUGGGCUUGGGAGAGAGGAAGAAACACGCACUGUCAGAGCAACUGCCUUGUGCACUGCUGAUGACUGGGCUCAGGCCACCCUCGGGCUCAUGCAUUGAGGAGAGCAGAGGAGCUGCAAUGGUGAUGGGGUGGCUCUGGGUUCCUUGUGGCGGUCGUGGAGUUCAGGAGUGGGCUGGGGCACAGCAGCAGGCUGUGCGACGAAAGCAAGGAGAGCUGGCCAGUGUUGUCCCUGCCACCAACACCCCCAAGAGAGCAUGCAUCGGAACAGGCAGCAUGCCUAGGGAGAGCAGAACCUUUUGAUGUGGAUGCUGGUGCUCAAAAAAGGGAAACAGAGAUGAUUGUGAAACUCAAACAUUCUCAGUCUCAGAAGAAGAGAAAGAAAUGGAGAGGCAAGGCAGCCCUGACCGUAGGUGGUAUGAAGUGCACCAGCCAUUUCACAGCCCCCCACACGGUAGGUCUAAAUGAAACCCGCCAGUCAGCAUGGGCCAUACACCUGCUCAGAGCCCACAACCAGCCUUCUGGUUGGCCAAGGCUGCAGAGAAAACCCCUUCAUCUGCCUCAUCAACCCACAUGCUCUUAUUCAUAGAUAAUGGACAACGAAGAUGUUUGUGGGAACCAACAGUAAAAUGUGAAGGAUAACUGAUCUUAGGAAGAAGAGUGACAUUUUAGUGAAAGGGAAUUUAAAAGGAAAUUAUAACUCCUAUCAACAGAAGAAUUUAAUAGGUUAGUUAUUAAUGAUACUCAUAAAAUGAGGCAAACAGAGAGCACGUGUUUGGCCUGGCACAGUGGCUCAUGCCUGUAAUCCCAGCACUUUGAGAGGCUGAGGCAGGCAGAUCACCUGAGCCCAAGAGUUCAAGACCAAUCUAGGCAACAUGGUGAAACCCUGUCUUUACAAAAAAUGCAGAAAUUUAGCUGGGCAUAGUGGCGAGUGCCUGUGGUCCCAGGGGAGGCUGAGGUGGGAGAAUAGCUUGAGCCCAAGAGGUCAAGGCUGCAGUGAGCCAUGAUCAUGCCACUGUACUCCAGCCUGGGCAACAGAGUGAGGCCUGUGUCAAAAAAAUAAAGAGUAUGUGAAAAUACUAUAGGAGAAAAAGUUUUAUAAAUAAAGAUUGUGAAAAUAAAAAAUUCAUUAGAUAAAUACUGUAAAGAACAUGGCUAAAGACAUGUUGGUAGUCAAAGAUAUAACAGAAGAAUAUAUGCUAGAAGCAAGUAAGGAUAUCUGAAGAGUCAAGUAUCAAGUUGGGUGGGAGAGGAGGCUCUGCAAAAAUACAAAUAAAAUCUUAAAACACACCAAAAAUAGGAGAACAACAAGGUUACCUACAAAAGAAGAGAAAUCUGACUGUAGACUUCUCAAGAGCAACAUGCAUUCUUAAAUAUAAUGGAAAUAUUCCCUCCUAAGGACAAAUAAUUCUGAACCUAGAAGCCUAUGCAAAGACGACUACUGAUCAAAUGAAGAUAGAAAAAAAAGACAUCUUUAGACAACAUGCAGGGUUAUACAACAUCUCUGUCUUAAAGGGUUUUGAAAAAAUUACUUCAGGGUCUACUCCAGAAAAAAAAGAAGAAUCCAAAAGAUAUUCAGGCCUGGUUAAACCUUCCCUUCCUCAUUCAAGGUCACAGGCUUCUCAAGAUGUGCAUGGCCAUUAUCCACUUCCAUUCUUUUGGCCUGGAACUUACAUAGUCUUAAGUUGCCAUUCUAAUGAGGAUCCACCAGAAGCCACAUUUUGGAGAAUCUUCCCAACUUGAAUUUCAGGUAUAGGUCCAGAGAAGGAGGUAAAACGUCAAGGUAUUUUCUGACAUGAAUGUUUGGCCAGCCUAGUUUGGUGAAGCUGUAUCCACAUGUAACAAUGCGGAGUUGUAUUAGCUUCCACAGUUAUUUUCACAUUUAAGUAGAGAGCAGGAAAACAUAAUGUCCAAGAGCAAGGGUUUCGGAGUCCAAAUCACUGAAUAGAAUCCCAUUUCUCCUGUCUCAGACCCUUCUGAAGUUGUCCCACUAAACCCCAGCUUCCUUGCUUUUAAAAUGGGGAAAUGAUGUCCACCUCUGUUCUAUGGAGAAGAACACACAGCAUUCCUUUGAAAAGCUUGGCUGAUGCUGACUUCACAGAAUUACAUCAUUAAUUCAUCAUCAUGGUUAUGCCAAAAGCAAGGAAGAGGGGAAAGAAAUUAUGUUCUUGAAUUAAUUUUUCAAAUACAAUAAAGCGUUGACAUAGCCUUUGAGUGGACGUAAUGGACAUAGGGCUUAGACUUCACAAACCCAUGCUCCCCAACAGACAGCAUCCCACUAUCAUGGCAGCAAGGGGGCAGACAGAAGAAAUGCUCUUCCGGACUUUCAUGGAUCUCCAUGGAGCUGUCUGCUCCAGUUCUGUGUCCUGUGGUCACUUUAUUCUGUAACUCCUGGUUGUGACAUUUUUGUUCUAGGAUGACAGAUACCUUCUUGUCUCUAAAGUGUGUCUUUGUUGGGUUUUUGCAACUAUGGAUAUGUUUUUAUCCUAACCAGAUUGAUGCUUAGACCUUUGUCAAAGGAAACCUUUCCCCUUCUCCUCCACAUCCCCCUCUUCCCCACUUGAGGCCCCCAGCGGUUUCGAAAUAUUAAAGCCGUCAGGAGGGUUGAAGCUGAUUUUCCAGGGGAGGUGGGGGAGGCGGGGACAGCAAAUGUGUUUUGAGUAUUGAACUGCCGUUGACAUCUAAAGUCUCAACCAUGCUGUUUUCUCCACACUUCAGCAAUCAGGACAUCCAGCAAACCCAUAAAAAACCAAACUAAUAGCAUGAAUAUUCAGUGACCUAGAAUACUAAUUAUUGUCAUGAAUAUUAAUGUGAUCGGACUUGCUCUUUCCUCUCCUCUUUCUCUCUCGUCCUCUUUCUCCCUCUCUCCCUCUCUCUUUUUUUCCACUUAGCCGGCUCUAAAGAUGGGUCAUAAUGAGAGCAUUUAAGAGGGAGCGCUCUCCGCCGUGACAGGGACCGGGGUAAUAAGGAGAGCUUGAUUAACGUGGUGCACUUGGGGGAGAGAUGAGAGGCUUCACGUGGGCCUGUUCGGGGGAGGCAAUGAGGCACCGGCGGCUCUGUUGCUGCUCCCGGAGAUUAAUGAGGCCUAAGAGUGCAUUAGGAACAGUGACAAAGGUUUGAUCUAAUGGGCUCAGUCAUUUUUCCUUUGAGUGACAGACGCACAGAAGUAAUUGGCUGUGCAGAAUGGCAGCUCAUUGGCGGUACUUAAGGAUACAUUAUCCCCGUUGUGUGGCCCGCAGAGGCUGUUUAUCAAAACUGCUCACACUGCAGACGCGGAGUCGUGAAGCUGCUGUUUCAGUGGUAAUAGCUAUUAAAAAAAAAUAACGCGACAUCAAAACUAGACCCGUUGUUGUCUCAUGGAAAGAAAGUUUUUCUUUGUUUAGUUUCAGACGGUCUAGAAAACAUUAUAAUAACUCUGGAGUCUGGAGUCUGUUGUGGGCCCUGGAUGAGCAGUGUCAGUCCACACCCGUCCCCUACUGGCAUGCGGUGUGGCCAAGGCUUGGUGGAACACAGAUCCUUGCUUCCCACUCAUGUCGACCGAGGUCACUCGGGAGUUUCCCACACAUUGGAUCUUGGUUACAACCUCUGAUAUAUAAAUUGGAAGCUUCUGCUAAGUACCCUUCUAGCACCUUGGUAGACCAUUUGCAAAUGGAAGCCUUACUGGUUGAGAAUUAUUUUUCUGAAAUAAAACCUCAAUAUCAAUAGCAUGUGAUAUCUGCUUUCAUAAACCAGGUUUUGUUGGAAUUGGUUUUAAUGUCUAUUUGACAAUUUUUAGGGAAAAUGUUAAUGUUUUGUGAGGCUUCUCAGACAUCAGGAAGUUAGCUAAAUCUGACAUUAGAAGACACUAAAGUUCAUCUUAGUUCUUUUUAAGAAUUGCAGCAUCUUCAGCUUUUAUGAGCAAUGCGUUCUAUUAGUUGUUUCCGUGUUUAUACAUUGCUCCCACUGAGGUUUAGGCAAAUUCGUGUGGUAUUGUUUCCAUCAUUAAAUUGUAAACUCUUUGAGGCAUACACUGUUACUUCUCUUUCUUUGUUAUCCUCUCUUAGUUUCGUGACCUAGCAAUUAUUUUCUCAUUAAGUAUAUAUUCCUGCAUGUUACCCAUCAUGUGAAAUGUAAGUGAUGGAUGUUGAGGAGAUUAGUUGCUUUCCUGCAGAUAAUGUUCCCCUGUAGUAGCUCUCUGUGGUCCUGAGCAUUGGUGUGCAAUUCAGAAGUAAGUAUUGUACUUCCUAAAUGAAGGAUAGCUUCAAUUAUUUGAACUCUAAGUGGAGUGUUCUUUUCUGAAAGAACCAACUAAAGCAACUCGAUUCCUGAUGAUUUCAGCUGAGACAUAUCAGGGGAUGGCCAGGACCCUGAGUUGGAUGUGGUAACAGGUGUGCCUACAAGUAAAUAAAAGGUGCUUCAAACACUUUUUCUCUCUCAAAAAUGUGUGUGGGCAGUGAGGAAUAGUGUUUCAGCUGCUGAACUGAUGCUUCCGAGACCAGCGAAGUGGUCUGCAGGGUCAGCUGUGGGAAAGAGGAGGUGCCCGGAAGAGCCUCUGUGAAUUACCCGCGCCCCCUCCACCAGGGAGCCAGCUGCCAGCCCCGGGGGCCAGUGAGAACCGAGGCCUUGGGAAAGGGCUUCUGGUUCUUCCAGGCUAGAGUUGAGUCCGUGGCUUCCCUGCUUUCUGCAGUCCUUUCCCACACUGGCAGAGGAGAGUUUUUCGAAGUAAUCGUGACAUUUUUCCAUCUCAAAACCUUGUGGCCGAUUGUUUUGAGUUACCACUCAUAUAGUGAACGUUUGCGUUUCUGGAGUAUUUCUAGGGAGUGGUCAAACCCCGUAACAUCCCAACCAGCAACCCUGUAAAACCCGCCUCAUGUUAUCAGACUUGUGAGCCCGGGGUACUCCUUGGUGCUUCGUCUUCCCUGUGUCAUUGCUGGAUUCAGUUGUGAGAUCAUUUUGUAAGAACUGGAAGGCAGAGAAAGAAGUAGCAGUGAAUACUUCUCAGGAUAGAGCUGUGUGGCCACCUGCUCCUGGAAGGGGACUGUAAAAUUCAGAGAUGACCGGGGAACGCUCCCCUCAAAACAGUGUUGUCAAAUGAAAAUGAAUUUCAUGUUAAAAACACACACACACCUGUUGCAUUUAUCAUAUAAAGGAGAAAGAAUAUUGUAAAGAUGGAACCAUUAUUCAUGGCAAAGGAAGACACCAAACAAAGAAAAAUUCUUUUCUUCUCCGUCUUCAUAAUGCUUACAACCCCUCAUCCUCGCUGUUGCAUCAGCUUGUCCAUAUAACCCAUACCAGGAGAUGGAUUGUGGCCAAGACAAGCCGUACGAUGGCUCUCUCCAUAAACGCUGUCGGAAUCUGGAGCAGCACGUGUUCCUUCAGUGGAUAAAAAUGGCAAAAUGAGAAUGGCACACAUUGUUUUGCAAAGGUCGGAAUAAGACUCCACGUUUUAGGAAGUGACGACGAACCGUCUAAUUCUAGGAUGUUGAAUUCUGCUUGGCCACAUUGAUGUAUUUAGUAGUCGUUACAUUUGUCAUUGCAACUGGGUCUGGAUUCUGUAUAUUCUUUUUUCUGUUAUGUAGAACUGUGUGGCUGGAGAAAGCAACUUUGUCUUUAGCAUAAAUACUUACACUUAUUUCUAAAUAUAAUUACUUAAAUGAGAACUUAGCGUCUGACAUGGUAAAUAUUUUGUCUUGAAUUGUACCAACUGCCACAUGAUAUCCACUCCCAACAGGGAGCAGUAACCCAGGGAUGGGAGGGAAGGGAUGACUCUGGCGCUCCAGCUCACUGUCACCUGCUGUCAGGCCAUGUCUUUCAUCCGCUGCGUGCGCAUGGUGCCCCAAGCGCAGGGUUGUUGUUUUUUUUUUUCUCUCCUUUCUUUUGUAAACUGUACCUCUGACAACAUUGGCAUCGCUCUGAUCAUCAGACCUUUGGGAUGCUGGAAGAUGGGGGGUGCCGUGGAGUUCUCCACAGCACCAAGCACUUCACUAGUUGAUGGUGGGUGUUCAGUAAGUACUCACAGAGGGCAUGAAUGAGCUCAAGCAAAGUGAUGCCAACUACAGCACUAAAGCAAACAGGAGGCAGAUGGCAUGCACAGUUCAUACAUGAAGAGACACCAUUACAAGGGAAACAUAAGGAAAAUAUUCAGACAUUUUAGAUUUUAAAGACAAGAUUAGCAACAUCACCAUUUUAAGCUUUUGCUAAAAAACUGUAGAGAUAGGAAAACCCACUGUUGAUGAGAUUAAUAAGUGAUAUCUGCAGAGGUUUUACAGUUUACAGAGUGCUUUACAUAAUUUGAUCGUUAUAUUAACCACAUGGGGCAUACUGUUAUCAUUAUCACCAUUUCUUCAUUAUUAUUAUUAUCCACUUAGAAAUUAUGGACUAAAUUGCUUUAAAGAUGCCCAGGUUCCAUCUUCUUUUAGUUACUGGUCAUUAAGAAAAUUAAUUAGCAACAUAUAUCAUGAAUCAGAAAGAUGUAUUAUGCUGUUUGUUCCAGUAAUAACGCUGCUGAGAAUUUCUCCUAAGGAAAAUUCAAAAGUAGAAGAUGUCCUUUGCAGUGUUGUUUAUAGUAAGAAAUUGGAAACAACCAAAACUGUCCAGAAGUAGAAAAAUGGUGAUAUAAAUUAUCUACAUUAAAUCAAUAAUGUUACAUAUCUAAAAUUAUAAAGAUUACAUAGCAACAUGGGGAAAAUGGUUAGGAAAUCAUAUUAAAGAAGUAUAUAAAGUUAUAUCUUUUCUGUGGCCAUAACCAAGAACAAUGUAUGUAUAUGUUCAAUAAAAAAUUGAUCUGUAAGACAAGAUUUUGGUGGAUUUAGUUUACAUUAUUUGUAUAUCUGUACUUUUGCCAAGUAAAUUUUAACAGUACAACAAAAUAGGCCCCCAUUAUUUUUUCCUUGACAUCAUAAUUUAGAACAGGGAGAAAGCAGCAUACAAUGAGCUGUUUCUACGUUGUAGGAAAGAGCUGUGGAAUUCCAGGAUGUGGAAUCCUAAGCCUGGCCACGUUGCUGUAUUUAGUAGUAAUUACAUCUGUCAUUGUGACUAGGUCUGAACUCUGUACUCUGUCUUGAUAAACAUCACAUGGAAAAUCUCUUAACUAAAAAAAGGUAUCAAGAAACACCAGAUUUGUGUCUCCCUAGUAGAUAUGUUGAAUUGUACUCUUUUACAAAACAAGUAUCACAGGAUGCAGAGUCCCGAAUGCCUACAUCUUAUAAGAUACUGAAUGUGUCCUUGGAAAAAAAAUCCUCUCAGCCUGAAAUUCCACUUGCCAAAAGCAAGGCAGAUCUCCAAUGCAAAUACAGGAGCGAAUGGGCCCCAUUCACAGGCCUUAAAUCGUGUGUCUCACUUUUUAUGGUAGUGUUGUGAAUUCUAUUCUUUUUGGGUUUGUAAUUAGAGGACAGAACAGAUGGCAAAGGCCUAGUUUGAAGUGAUGUGACCGUUAACGUCGCCUCCUUCAUCCAGUUGUGAUUCCAGGGAACCCGGUUUUCCCACACAUGCGCAGAACGGGCGUGGUGCAGCUGUAGGGUUUGCAAGGUAGCCGCUCACGCUGAGUUUUUACAGCAUUUGAAGCUGUCUGUGAAUGAGAUUGGACCGAAGAAAGCCGUCCCUGGAUGUUUCUAAGGGUGAAGGCUCCAUAGGGGAAGGGUGAAUUCUUGUCAAUCAUAUUCCUGUAAUUAGGAUUUGUUAAAAGGUAUACAAUUCUGCAGUGGGAAUAAACAUCUGUUUUACACUCAAGUGCUCGUAGAAUCCUUUUUGGCUUUUUCCCCGCCCUCUUUCUAUGUACAUGAAAGUUCCUAUCACCGUCACCAAGAGUUGCUCCUCUUUUCAGGCUUACUUAACCAAUAAGUCAAAUGCCAGCUAUUCUUUUCCUAGUUAAAUGCUUUGGUGAAGUUAAGUCCUAUUUGUAAAGACAGACCAAAAUUGGAAGGUGCAGGGAAUGAACUUUUGUAUUUUGUUAUUGUUAUUGUAAAGAUUCGUUGAUGAAUCUUUAUUUGAAUGCUAUGAAAAGCCAUCAUUUCAGAGUAUAUUUUAAAAAAUCAGAACAGGCUAUUUUUAAUAUAAUAAGCCAAUAGCUUAAAAGAGGGAUUCUGUCUUUGAUGUCAUUUGGUGGAUGAAAACAUUCUUGUUCAAUAGAAAACCAGCAUCUUUUUCAUGCUCAUUUGAGAUCAGUUCAGGCAACAUACUGAUAUUCAUUCAGAUAUAAAUGCCAUAUUCACUUUGAAAUGCAAAUUGUGUAAAGAAAAAUAGCAUAUGGUGGAGGUAAGUACCUUUUCAAAUCAACUCUUCCACUUUAGGGAUAUAAGUACAGCUAAAAUUAUUCUUUGGAAAGAAUCUGGCGCUUUUGACACAUGGAAGCUUGCACUAAUCAAGGCAGCACAGUAAGCACACACACAUAUCCAUAUCAAGGAAGUGGCGCAGCGAGGACAUGGAUUAGCAUGGUAAUGCAGUCGCCCCCUGCUAAUCGGGGCGAGUACCAGCUGAUCCGUAGAUGGGGUAUUUGAGGAAACACUCUUUCUGAGUUCAGAAUGGGCCAUGUCGUCAGUCAUGUAUUUCAUGGUAACGCAAAUAAUAUUUGGGGGACAAUGCCGAAAAGGUCCUUUGAUGACUGCCUUCCUGUGGAAGCCAGCAUCCUAUACUGUUUGGGGCUGGGCCACUUUUUAAGGACUUAUUGCUGGUACAACUGUUUCCUUGUACAACCCUGUUCUGUCUCUUACACUUCCUGACCUGACCUCUGCAUUCACAAGCCAUUCCAAUGACAUUUUCUAGGUUUUUGGAUAAGUGUUAUUGGUACAACAUACACAUAAGACGCACAGAAUCAUAAGUCAUAGUCACGUUUACAGGGGCCGCUGCUCACAUCCAGAAGCAGCAGGUAGCCAGCCCUCAUGGACCCCUUCCUGUCACGUGCACCCCCACCCCACCCCACCCCACUCACAAGGGUGACCACCAUCUGAUUUCUCACUCCGUAGAUGGGUUUCGCCUGUCCUUGGACGGGAUCCUAACAGUUGGCACUCUCGCGCUUGUCUCUGGCUCUGUGUUCUGUGUGUGAUGUCACCGCAGUUGCGGCCCAUGUCAGUAGUUCCUUGUUGUCAUUGUGUAGUGUUCCGUUGUGCCGUGAUGUACCUACGGUGAUGGACAGUGCCGUCAUUUCCAGCGUGGGGCUGUUAUGAGCAGUGCUGCUCUGAACGUUCUAGCACCUACUUUUUGGUGGCCAUGUUUAUGUGCAUCUGUGUGAUUUAAAUCUGAAAGAUGUGAAAGGAGAAGAGAAAUCUUAAAAGAGGAGAAAAAAGAAGUGGACCUGAAAUGUUUUAUGAAAGCUUUGCAUCCGGUAAGUCGAUGAGAAGAGUGGUGUAGGUUGUCCUGGGACAACCCGAGCUUAGGAAACCCCCGUGUGUAAUAAGAGCACAUAAGCAAGCCUGUCCAAAGUUUGCCGUGGAGAGUGACAUUUACUGUCCCAGACAGCAGACAGAUGUGCCCCCCUCGCUGGGAGUAGACACGACCCCUGUCGCACCAGUCUGUUCACUCUGUCGACAUCCCUUGCAAGAUACUACCUUAAGUCUAAGGUAGUAUCUUAAGGUAGUAUCUUAAGUAGACUUAAGGUAGUAUCUCCCCUUUCUAUCUAUUCUUUAUCUAGAUGGGCCUAAUUCCAAAGUCUAAAAGCUGCAGUGUCCCCUGGAGCCUCUCCUGUACCUUCCAGCAGCGGUGGGCUCCCUGACCCUCAUACUUUCUGGCUGCUCUUGUGUUACUCUGCCUUGCGUUUGGGCCACAUGUGGAUCUGCUGUAUACCUUCUACUAGACUAGAUUGUAGGUUCCCUAAGACAGGGACUCCUUCCUUCACUGUGCCCAAUGCAGUAGGGGCUCAGUUCCAUGCGGCUGCUCGGCCCGCUAGAAGGUCAAUGUUAGAAUAGGCGGCAGCUUCUGCAUACCGGGUCCUAUCUUCCCCUACUCACGAGUUAGCAGGUUAGCCUGCCCUAGGUUCCUGGGUGAUGAGACUCCUGGAUCAAAAUGAAUGACAGUCUCUUGCAGCAAUAGCAAUAGUGAGAGUAUCAGCAUUGUCAUGCACUGGCUUCCCAAGCCUCAGUUCCCACAGAGUGACACCAGCACACACAGUGACUCAUGUUGUAAGAGGAACCCCAAGCUUAGGAAACCCCAUAUGUUUAAUAAGAGCAUGUAAGCAAGCCUGUCCAAAGUUUGCUGUGGAGAGCGACAUUUACUGUCCCAGACAGCAAACAGAUGUGCCCCCUCUUAAAGUAGACAUUACCCCUGUUGUACCAGUCUGUUUACUCUGUCCACAUCCCCUGCAAAAUAACACAGAGCAGAGAGCACCUGCCCGUGUCCACACCCAGAAGAAGAGAAGAAACUGAGGCCCGUGGAGAGCUGGCUGCCAGCAACAGUGGGGUGGAAUGUGCUGGUAGCAGCAGGGAGAGUGGAAGUCAGGGAAGGAUGGAAGGGAAGGGAAGAAUGGAGAGUACUCACCCCCAAAGAGGCCACGUCCUUGUACUUAUCCCCGAGUACAAGUGUACCCUCGGCUUCCGGGGUAGAAGCUUCCUUUAAGACCCUUGUAUUUGCGCAUGACUUGAGGUUGGUGAAUUAGGACCACUUGUUAGACUUACCUCGUCUACUCCAGGAAGGAGGGCAUUCUAAUCUGGCUUUUACAAUCUCUUCCUUCUAGGGAAAUACAGACAUGCCUGCAAAGAACAUUUCCAACGAUGGUGCGCAGAGUUCUCCCACAUCUAAACGACCCCAGCUUCAUAUCUUGCUCCUUAGACACGGGAAUGAAAUUCUGUAGCAAAACAGCUGUGCGUUGAGGUGGUCACUGAUGGAGACAAUCAGGAGGCUCUCUUUCCUGGGCAUUACUGGGGCUGAGGGUUGGGGCGUGGCUUCCUGCAGACCCCACGCGCCUUGCAAUCCUCGUGGCAUUUCUGAAUGUAGCUCUAUUUCUAGUAGCCUUCCUGAACUGGCAACUUUAAUGCCUGGGUAGCAAGCACUUGGGCGUUUCCUUAAACUCACCGUCUUAGCUAUCAGGUCUAGGUGUGAAAAUGUGAUUUAACUAAUCAACACGGUAGCAGCAGAGCUGGUAUCUUUGUUGACUGUUGGCGGCCACGUGGGUUUAGGUCCCCUGCCCUUCAGCCUGGUUGCUGGGUUUGAGGCCUCCACCUCAGCAGGACUGCUUCGAGCUGACCUGGACUGUGUUUAGAACAGUGUUUGGUGCACUUGUAUCCUAGCUGGUCUUGAUGUCAGGAUCCUUACCCCUCAAGAAAUCAGAAAAGUUAUCCAGCUUCUUUCACAAAUGAGAACUUCAGACCUUCAGCCUUAAUUAAUAACUCAUUAACGUGAAAUGAAUUCCAGUGAGUGAAAACAGUUGCCCUCGAGUACUUUGAGUGAGAAUACAGUGAUUUUAAACAGAGGCUUUUUUUAUGCUUAAAGGUAUUUCCAAAAGUGUUCAAAACUCCUGUGUGGUAACACAUAGGGCAGGUAUUGCUUGAUGCUUACAUAACAAAACUGGAUGCCAGGACAGCAUUAAUAGGUCAAUUAGUUAAUGACAUUCAAGAACAGAAAUGAGAUUACAUAUUAGACUCUGUAUGCAUAUCUGUAUCAAAAAAUGCAUGAGAGAGUAUGACACUAUAAUUGGAUAUGGAAUGUGCAUGAUUAUUAAAAAGAUUCACUCCACAUUUGGGGGUGGUUCGUUUCUUUGACGGGUGGAUUUACUGAAAGUAAGUGGAAAUGCCUCAAAGUGUGGCCACUGGCCUGGGACUGCUGACACGUGACACGAGAUGCUCCAUGGGCCUGGUAACCCAGCAUGGCAGCUUCCACAGUGUCGUGGCUCAGGCCGUGGACCACUGGUUUGCCUCAGAGUUUAAGCAGAUGUCUUCAUGCAUUUACGUUGAAAGGCAGGUACUGUGUUUGGAUCCCAGAAACAAUA